UAUCGCCUAAACGUGCUCGCGGUACCGAUCUCCAGAAUGUUUGGAAUUCGUUAAAAUUCGGGAAUUGCAACGCAUUGAGUCACAUUGGUCAGUUUAUUCCUGAAAUGCGUCUAAUUUAGAUUUAGGUUUUUUUUCGUUGUUUUUGGCAUUGGCACAAUUUUAAGGACAGGCGCAGCUCUCUUGCAUUGGUGCGGGCUUUGGGCAGGUCUCUUCUAAACAACCCACCGUUAAACUAAAAACUAAGACUAAAAAUCAAGCAGCAAUGGAUCCUCCUCCGUGCGUGCAAAACGCCAUGAUGACCAAGGAUAAGAAACCGUUCACUUACACCCCGGGAGGCAUCGAUCUCUCCCAAGUGAGAUCCCCGAGGAUGCAGCGGCGUAUCGAACGAAACGCCACCCUCGGAGGAGACAACGAGGUACCAAGACCUGCACCACCUCCACCACAGAACCACGGACCACUACCCCCGUCUGCUUUAGCUGCUAUGAGACCACAAACCCAAGUGCAAGUGUUUCCUGGUCCACCACCGCCACCGCCAAUGCAAAAGAAUAUUCCUCCUCCCCCUCCGCCGCCCUGUGCACCACUACCCACCCAAAAAGUCACCACUAGCGAGAACCAGGUGAUAGAGAGGCCGGACAUGACCAAGAUAAUCCCGGAUAACCCUAUGAGUCUGUUAAGGAAGACAGGUGGGCCGGCUCCCAGGAAAUCGUUUGUUGAUCAGAUGUACGAAAAUCAGAACCGGGGCCCUCCCAGUCCUCCACAGAGGAACUUUGAGCCUCCUGUUGUCGUACCUCCGGUAGUACAGCCUCAGCAAUAUCAACCCUCACAGCAAUAUCAACCUCAAUAUCAAUCACAGAGGGCGGCAGAGUCUCCAAGAUCUCCCGUGUAUAGUCCAGAGGUCCACGAGAGGCAGCCUCCUACACCGCCAACUCAGAAGAACGUUGGUUCAAAUGUUGGAUCAUUGUAUAUUCCACCGAUCAAUCAACAGCCACAAAAAAUGGCAUCUCCGCCAACUCCUCCAGAGAGAAGAGCAGAACAGCAAGUACAAUCACCUGGAACGCCUACUUUAAAGGAGGCUCCUCGUCCUUGGCAGCAAAAGAACGUGCAACAAGAGAUUCCUCCGUGGGCAAGAAAGGACAACACUGAGGAAUCACCAUCAACUCAGUCGACUUCAAACGUUGUUCCCAAUAUGCAACAGAGAUGGCAGCCUCAGGUAGCGCCUCCUCAGCCCGUUAAUAAGCAGCCUCAGCAGUUUGCACCAAGGUCACCUCAAACGAAACCACAAACGCCUCCCAAUCAAGGAUAUCCGAGCAAUUCGUUUCCGGUUCAUAUCGAGAUUCGCACCAGUGUACCCUACCAGGGAGAGUCAGAACCAACUGAAAGAAAACCGAACGCUGUCUACGUCACGCAACCGCUUGUUUUGCAACAUCCCGGGCCAGGAGUUGAACCUACUUUUAAAGUUCAACCAAAACAACAGCCCAGUGCACAACAGCCAAACCAUUACGAACAGCCGACCAGACAGCCACCUCAACCGGUUCAGUCUCCCAAAAUUGACAGUUCAGGAGCCCGGAUUAUCCCAAUCCAGAUUGAGAGAACACCUCCGUCUACUCCUGCAGGUGACAGAAACUUAAACCGUCAAAUGAGUUGGGGAAAUCAACCCACCCAGUCGAACGCGUUCAAGGUUAUUCAGAAGUUCACAAACACUGAGGACGAGGAGGAGGACGAUACUCCCGUAACGCACCAUUCGGCGAGGUUCCCUCAGGAGAUGCCCGAGCAAGUGAGGAGGAUGAAAGUCCAGGAUAAUGGACAGUUUAGACAAGUUCCACAACAGAACCAUGCUUGCAGGACCAUUCCUAUACAAGCAGAAGGUAACGGUCACCCCUCUCAGCAACAAUACGUGCACCCAAGCGAGCAGGUGGUACCUGAACCAAAAAAAUACAUGGGAAGCAACAUACCCAGCAGAUCCUUUAAAAUACUCCAAGCGAUGACCGCCCCAAACGACAACAAUAAUUGUGCCAAUGCCAACAACAACGACGAACCUAAAUUUAACCCGACGUAUUUCCCUUACGCGUACCCUCCGCCCCCAUACCCGCCACCCUACUGGCAUGACUAUUACGCUAACUUUUCCCUUAAAGAACAGUCAGAACGUAGCAGGAGUCCUUACUGGCAAGACCCUUAUUACCCGACGGAAUUAAGCGAGUCUACUUCCAAAAUGAGCGAUAAAAGUGGGAGAUCAACCCCGAUAUUUCCUCCUUACUGGAUGCCUCCUCCUCCUCCACCUUACGUAAGAUCCAGAAGCACCACUCCUAAGCCAGAAAACACUUUGAGGCCUAAUACACCCAAGCACAACAGCGAUAUAGAGGAACAGUAUCAUUAUCCCAUGUACCCGCCUUAUUUCGAUCCUUACUACUUCAGCUAUUUCUAUGGGUAUCCUCCUAUGAUGAUGCAGCCUCGCUCACACUAUUCUUCUUCAGUAGACAACGAUGAGCAAAGCGGUUACUCCUCUAUGGACGAAAUGUCCAAUUAUCAUCGUAGAAAUAGUUCUGAAACUAACAGUGUGCAAGCCCUUAGGCAACAAUUCGAACUAAGAAGUAAAUCUGCCGCACCCAGAAUCACUAUUAUUCCAACUUAUGUUAAAGAGGAUGAUAAAUUUAAUGUUCCGCCUGAUAAGGAGGAGGCUACAACCAUUGGUGGUCUUCGAUCUAUUAAAUCCGUGCAAAAUAUUAAUGUUUAUCAUGAAGAAGAUUCUUCGUCUUCAGAGAGUGAAUAUGAAACUGAUUCUGAGGAUGACUCCUCUGAAGAUGAAACCCAAGAAGAAGAAGAAGAAGAAGAAGAGAUAAUACCUCAUCAGCUGAGUGUUAUAUAUGAAGAAAGUGAAAGGAGGUGCAAUAGUGUUUGUAGUGAAUCGACCACAAUAGCGGAACAGCACAGUGAAGAAGAGGAUUAUGAAGAUUUUCUGGCAAAUCAGAAUGUAAAAUUUAAAAUUAAUAUGUUCCAAGAAACCAGUGUGACAAGGAAUGUUGGUAUCGAGAGCUUUAAGGAGGAAAGUGACACAUUUUCAUCCUUUACUAUAAGCAGGAACGCUAAACAUAAUAAAGUAGAGGUGAAAGAUGAAUAUGUAGAAGUAGAUACUAGUGAGGAUGUGAAAGGGCAUAGUUUUAAAGAGAACGAAGAUAGUGAUAGUGCAAAUGAAAAGGCUGAAACUGUGAUCGAAAAAGAGGAAGUUGUGUGCGUUAAGUUAAGAAGUAAAAAUGUUCCUGUUGAAUUAAAUUCUCUCUCUGCAACAAGAAGUUUGGCUAUAGAGCCAGAAGAAACGUCUCGUGAUGCAGGCACUCUAAUGAGAAUCGACAGCUUUGUGCGUCAGUUUGAAGAUAUUAAGCGAAAUUCUGGAUUGUGGAGUUUCGAAGCAGCGGAAGUUGAGGAAGAAGGUGAUUUGGAAAGUGAUGAGGAAGAGCUAACACAUGUUCAAGCAGAAAGUUCUGUGCAAAUUCAGGAAGAUGUUAGUGGAAAUUCUGAGUUGUCGAAUGUCGAUGCAAAGCAAGAAAAUGAUUCGGAAAGUGAAUCUGAGGAGGAAGACCAUACAAUAAGCAUUGAAGAAGAAAACAAUUUAGAACAUGAAAGUGAAGAAAUUAAGAAGGUGGAACCAUUGGAGGCCUCGACAAACAUUAAUAAAGAAAGCAAUUUAGAAUCUGAAACUGAAGAAUUGGUGCAAGAGACCACAAAUAACUUGGAAGAUGAAAGCAGUGCAGAAUCAGAAAUAGACUUUUGGAGCCAAAUUAAAAAUGAUGAUGACGAUUUUACUCCUAGACGAAGAAGUUAUUAUAGGCGUGACGAAGACGAACCUGAACCAGUUGAUUCUUCAAGCUCUUGUGAGAGAGCCAUUGACCCGAGUCAACUUGAUAAUCUGAACACCAUUUAUAAUGAAAUUAACGAUGUUGACGAUGAUGAGUCUGAUUCUGAAGAAGAAACGAAAAAAUAUGAAGAGAACACCAUUGACGAAUCUGGCGAAGAAACUGCCGUUGAACACUGCGAACCUUGUAAACCAAACGACAUUACUAAUGUGUCUGAUGACGAAUCUGAAUCGAGCUGCUCGGAAUCUGAAGAUGAGGCGCCUAUCAAAAAAAGUGAACCUGAAGAGCAAAAAGAAGUGCCUCACGAUACUGACAGAACAACCAGGUCAAAAUCAUUGGAACCACAAACAAUCAAAGAAAGAAUUGAGGCAUUACAAAAUAGCAUAGCCAGGAGACAAAGCAAGGUAUCUGAAAAAGAGAUAUUGCUCUCUGUUAAACAAAAAGUGUCAGCUUUCGAAGCUCCUAAUAGCGAAAAUGUGAGCAAAACGACAUCUACAAAAAGCAGCGUUAAAUCAUUUGACGAAUAUUCCGAAGAAGAAGAGCCAGACUCGGGUGUUAUUAGCGAUAUAUCAAGGCAUAUUAGCGAUAACGAAGAGUUUCCUGAGCUAAGAAAAAUGACUAGAUACGAACGAGCUGCUACACAUUCUCGACUAUUCAAACUUCUUCAGGAGGAGUGUGAUGUUGAUGAUAAAAAGGAACAGGAAAACACCCCUAAAGCCUCUAAAGAAGAUAAGUUUAGUAAGUUAUCAGUGAGGAAAAACCGAGAAUCUAACCAACUCACUCCUAGCAGAAGCAAACUGAGUUUGCCACUUGUAACAAAGUGCAAUGAAACAAGUGACAUUACUACAACUACAACAAAUUCAAGUAUUAAUGAAAAACUGGUGGACGAACUGGUGCAAAGCCUUUUACGUUCAAGAAAAGCCCAAAUAUUCCGCAAUAUGCCUAAAGAAAAACUUUAUUCGGCAGCUGUAAGGAUUCUCCAAGAAGGUGUCAGCAGCACCGACACCCCAUCAGAAGAAUUUAGCAGUUUAUUAUCGCCUUUAAGGGGUGACACUGAAAACAGUUCUCCUGCUCAAACGCCCCAAGAGUUUUACGGAGAAAGCGAAUACCGACAAUAUUACGAUACAUGGAGCGAUGCUGCCAUGGAAAUAAUGCCCUCCAAGGCCUUUAAGUUGCUCCAGGAUCAUUUGGGGGGCAGUAAACCGGGGGCAAUCGAAGGAAUUUCCGCUAAAUGUCCGAGAAUAUUGUCGUCAAAGAAUUUAUUGAAAACUUUAGAAGGAGGUAAUAGGGAGGAGUCUGACUGUUCUAGUUCCCUCGCAUAUCCUUUACCCGAAGCGAACGAAGUGACGAAAACUUGAAUGCGGAUAAAUUGGAUUUUUGUGAAACAAAAUUUGUCGAUCAAUGCGUUCCUUUUGAGGUUUGGGACCAGAUCAAUCCGACUUUUAGAAAUCUCUUCACAGAACAAAACUCCGAUUUACAAACAAGGUAUAAACCUAAAGAAACUUUAAAGAGAGUUUUAUUAUUGGUAGCAGAUCAACGAUAAUUAAUAAUUAGUGGUGUACCUACUAUAUAAAGUUUUUUUGCUUUUCUCACAUCCGUGCAUUUUUAUGAAAUAUUUUUGAUUGAUUUUUAAUACAGCUAGGAUUGUUUUUAAUUAAAAAAAAAUAUUAGACUAUUUUAAUGUUGUUGACCUAAGAAACGUUAAGUUAUAAUCUUAAAUUUUUGUUUGUUUUGUUGUUAAUAUUAUUUAUUUAUUUGUACUCUUGUAUAUAUAUUACAUUGAUUGAAAUGCAAAAUAUUAAAAAAAUUUUUUUUUUGAAGAAAUGCCCUAUUUACUUACUUUAGAUUGUAUGUAAUAUACUAUAAAUUGCUUUUUAAGGGAUAUAUGUUGGUAUGUAAUCAUUAUUAUGUAUUAAUUUAUUUUUAAUAAAUCCUUACAAAAAAAAAUAAA